AUGCCUCCCACCCGUGUCACCAUCUCGGUCCGACCAGCCCACCCUGGUGCGCCGAAAUCCCGCUUCGGCACCCCCACCGUCACCCUCACGCCGCGCGCCCCAUCAGCCCCCCAGCCCAAGCACGCAUCCGGCCCGCUCACUGCCAACCAGAAGCGCAAAAUCGUUUCCAUGCCCAUGCCGACCGAGGAGCUCCUGUCCCGCACCAUGGUCGCCCAGAACUCGUCCAUUGUCGACCGCUGCCUCUCCCGCGUCCAGCCGCCGAGCCCUCCCCUCAAGCCUGGCAAACGCAACUCGUCCCAGCACACGCCUGCGGCCUCGCCCGCUCCCACGGGUCCGAUCAACUCCAACCCGUACUCGCCUGCGAUCGACCUCGCCAACAAUCGCAGCGCUGUACCUUCGCCGCAGGAGCUGGCCCGUGCCGAGCGCGCAGAGGAGGAGAAGGCUCGCCAGAAGAAGGAGAACGCCGCCGCUGCCCGUGCCGCUGCGGCCCUGAUGCGCCGCCGCAAGGCUCUCCGUUCCGGCCGCAACUCGCGCAUGCCAUCGACCUCGGUCACUCCCGCUACCAUGAUUCCGCCCAUCCAGCGUGCGGUGGGGCGUGAGCGCGCGCGCUCCGCCGAGGCUGCCGCCGCUGCAGCCCGCCUGGCGGAGGACGUGUCGCUGGCGACUGUCGAGCUGGAGGACAGCGCCUCGGGUCCUGUCAGUCGCUCACUCAAGCGCACCCGCAGCUCGGGCCUCGGUAACAUUACCCCUGGCGCCGCCGCGGUCAGCAUCAACUCGCCGCUGCGCACAGUGACCGCGGCCGACGAGCACACUUCCACCCCCGAGUACGAGGCCCCUCGCAAGCGCUCGCGUCUCGGCGAGACACCACGCCGCGGCACCAGCUCGCCGACGGGUUCGGAGACUUCUCUUCCAGACACAGGUGUGCGCAGGAGUCCUCGUGUGAGCGCCAGCCUUUCUCCCGUUGAGCAGACGUCUGCCGCAAUGCGCCGCGUCGUAAGCGCGACCGAGCGCUCAUCCGCACGGAGCACGCGCGGCAACAGUGCUGCGCCACGCAAUGCAUCCGUCGGUCCGGAAAGUAUGCGCGAGCUUUCGCGCCGCGACACCCAGCCGCCAUCCCACAUGCGAGACUUUACCACAUCAUAG